AUGAAGGCCCUCUACCGAGCAGGCCGUGCAGCUUACGAGCUUGAUGCGUAUGACCGUGCACAUUCAGCAUACACCUCAGUCACCAGAAUCGAUUCGGACGAUAUCGAUGGUCUGCGAGAGCUCAAGCGAACAGAGGCACGUAUCGCCGAGCAACUCACAGGUGUCAAUUUCUGGGCAGCCACUGGACCUCAGGCGCACGGAACCAAGGUCGACCACGCCAACUUCUUACGCAGAACUGAAGCACGCCAAACCGAGACCCAUGGCCGUGGCUUGUUCGCUGUCGAAGCCAUUGAAUGUGGUGAUAUCGUCCUCUCUGAGAAAGCACUGGCAUUUGUGCCGUCACCAGCUGUGCCCGAGAGCUUCCACUUGGUGAUCCCACCGGCAGCCACGAGAGGCACAUUUGGGACACAGAGCAACAUGUGGACGGCAGUCAUCCAGAAGAACAUCAUCGAGUACAACUCCUUUGGGUAUGCUCACGAUCUUGAUCUCACCAGCUUUGGCAACGCCGCUCUUGUGACUCCAGGAAUGGACAACAAGGACGGAUCCAUGGGACUCUGGCUACAUUCAUCGGCCAUCAACCACUCCUGUCUGUACAAUGCAGAACACAGCUUCAUCGGCGACAUGAUCAUCUUCCGAGCAACUCGCGGUAUUGCAAAAGACGAAGAGAUCACCACUUUGUACAAGGAAGUCAAUGCAGACUACGAGACGCGUGAUACUGCGCUCCCAACUACCGGACGCAAAACUCUGCUACAGCAAGCCAAAGAAGUGCUCGAGCGACUUCCGAUUCUGAAUGCCACGGUCGAACCGCGUACAGUAGUGAUGAUGUUCGAGGACCUUCUGGCACAGAUCCAAGACACUUAUUCAGAAGAGUUCUAUCGCGAUCUUCCACGCCUUGGCUUGAUCACAUUGAACCGAUACUGUGCAUUCGCUUAUUCACGCAAUGAUCCCGACAAGGCACUUGAGCAUGCGUUUGCAGUUAUCGCUGCUCAUGGUUACACGCUGACAAUCACUGGAGCGGACGUCGAGCUCGACAGAACCAACGCAAUGUUGGCUCCUCAGGUAGUGGAUCAGUUGAUGAAUGUCAGCAGAACUCAAGAAAGCAAGGGGCAGAUGGCCGUAGUGAGCGAACUCAGGGAACUGGCUCUGGAGAUGUACAUCAUCAUCAACGGAGAGCCAUCUGGCUUUGAGACAAGGUAUGGCAAAGCUCGAGAGCGUUGCAGCACUAGGGCUUGA